GUUUACUUGCAACUUUUGCACCUGUAGGUCGUGCGUUUUCGCGGAGUUAGCAUAGACGUGUACUUGCAUCAAAAUAUGGCUUUUAAUGUCAUUUUGAUGUACUUGAUGGAUUUAUAUGUUUGGACAACGUGACACAUGACGUGUAUUUACAAGAAAAGUUGGAUAAUGUUUGAGCGAAGAACGAAGCCAUCGAGAGAAGUGAUGUCAGUCAUCAUCAGUUAUCAGCCGUUUGUUUUGCUGGUGACUGCAAGUACAGGACAUGCUAGAACUAUACUUGGACAUUGGCACAAGCAGUAGAUGAACCAGCCUGUCCCCAGAGAUGAAGAACACACACUGGAAAGUGAAGACAGAUUUUCCCGCCCUCAAAGUUCUUAUUCUUGGAAUAAUACUUAUUCUCCUGGGAGCAGCCUGUGUAGUCAUUUCUGUGAUAGGCAUCUUGAAACUGGCAUGGGGUUACUAUGUUGCCACUGGCAUGUGGGGUGGUAUUUCUGUCACCAUGGCUGGCCUUGCGGCAGUCUAUGCAGCUCGUGCUCGAACCUCCAGGAGUGCUAAGCUAUACCUGUUCUUGUCUGUGCUCGUCUGUGCUACAUCUUUUGUCAUGCUGGUUUUGUCAGCAGGAGGGUUGACCUACAAAAGUGGUUUUUACAAACCAAUGACUUUCCAGCCAUCUAUGCACCAGAUUACCCUGUUUCUGCAUGGAUCAGUUCUCAGCAUCAGUGUCCUUUCAUUAGCCUGUAAUGUGCUGUCUGUGAUAGUCUGCUGCAAAUUUGUCCAGUGUGACCGGGACCUUCCUGAGGAGACCUUUAAGCUGCGCAGGCAUAGGCAUGGAUUUUCAGAUCCUGAAGCAGUGUACAGAUUCAGCUCUUUACGAGGAGGGUCUGGGACACCAAGAUCAAGCACCAGCAGUCGAACCCCACUGUACAGCAGUGAGAGAUCCCGCAGGAGGUCUGGUCACACUAGUGACAGUGAUUGCAACGGCAGCAAUCGAAAUUCACUGGACAGAGUGCCACGCAGACGGGAUUCUGACAGGUCCAGAACAAGCUCCAGAUCCCGGCUCUCUCAUCGCACCCAUCAUCGGCAGUCAUCAUCUACCUCUCAGAAUACUGCAAGGCACAAUGGGGCAGAGCACUCCAUAGUCAAUGGUGUUACUGUAAGAGAUUCAUCAUCAUCACUAAAUAAUAGGUCUGCAGGUCAAAGUGGUGCUGCAACUAGUCACUUGCAGAUACCAGCUAUCAGACGUGGUAUGCGCAGUACUAGUUAUGAAGAACUGGAAAUAAUUCCCAUGUUUGACUCAGAUGAAGAACCUCUGCCUCCUUAUGAAGAGGCAAUAACUGGCACUACUAGCGUGGCCCCCAACACAGAAGGAGAUCCAGAUAAUACAGGCUCCACAGCAGAGCAGAUGUUAAGUGAUAUCUGCAUAAACCUUUCUGCUUCAGGUGUUCUCCCCUUAAAUAUACCAGUAGGAGAGACACACAGUGCAGGUGAAGAGCUGAACAGUCAAAAUGUGGUUGAGCAAGUUCUCAGGGUUAGACUUUCUCAACGUUCUAGAGCAAAACCAGAAGUAGAAAGGCAAGGGGAUGAAAGUGUGGAAGAGUUUGAUAACAGAAUUAAUCUUGAACAGCUGGGGCUAAACAGGUUCACUGAAUUGUGCUUACCAUCACACACAGUAAAUCCACUUUCCAGGAUUAGUCCACAGGAGGUUUUAUGUGAUGCUGUCAACUUUCCAGAAAUCUGCAGUCUGACAGGAGAACGAGAUGUCCCUGCUCAUUUAUCUCCAUCCAUCCCCAUGGACCAGCUGACUGCCUGGGCUGUUUCUUCUCGGGCACCAGGAAGUCAAGGAUCAGCUUGCAUUCCUUUCUUGAACCGCUCAUUGGAUUCUAGUGACUCAUGCCUGCACCAUGACUCAUUGGAUUCUAGUGACACAAGCCUGAACCGCAACUCUAGGACUCUUACAGAGAGAUCAGAUGGGGCUUCUACCCCUAGGUUUUCAGCCCCAGGCCAAAGCCCACAUGCUUUUUUCAUGGGGCCAAGCCAGGAGGGAACUCUAGCUAAUAAUAAUGGCAGUAAUUUUGAAGGGAACUUGACUGAAAAUGUGUCUGGCAGUAAUGCAAGUUGUGGGAUACCUGUAGUGUUUGGGUCACCCAAUUCUGCAUUUCGUCCUGUUACAAGACGGUCUUUACCUGUAUCGCCUGAAGGGCUAGCAUCUUCAAGCAGUCCUAUUGUCUCUGUUUCUGCUGUCCCAGAAAACAUGGGAUCCUUGGAUUCUUUGUGCAGAUCAUCUGCAUUGUCUUGGAAAGACAUUCCACUGCCAGCACUUCACAAUCAUUCCAAUCGAGCUGUAUCUGAACCCACAAAAGAACUAGCACCAAAGAACAUCCCCAUCCAUGACUCCCAAGAGACAGGGCGGCUUCCAGCAGAGCAAGGAUCUAAUCCAAAGUUAUCUGUCCAUCUUUCAGGGGACACCAGUUUGUGCAGAGUAGGCCAGACAUCAAGUAGAACUAUUAGGGAAGGAUCUGUUGCAAGAGCUCCAUCAAGACCAGAGGAUUUUGCUUGUGUUCCUGGACCAAAUAGGUUUUUCAGACCACACCACCAGCUUCUCCAUGGUAGUGAAUCUUUUGCACGGAGUGGGCCAUCCCGGGACUCUCAGAACUUAAAUCCUGAUAGGAACAGGAUCAUGACCGGUGAGGCCACAAGUUUUCAUCGAGCAGGUGAUGCAAGUGAGUCAUCUGCACUUUGUGGAAAUUUGCAAUCAAGAUUUGACCGUCAUAGCCGUGUACUCCACACUGAAAGAGAUAGCAGAAAUUUGAGGAGCUUCAGGAGACCUGAGUCAUUUUCAUCAGGAACUUUGGUGCAGUAUCCUGUUGCAGCCAGACCAAGUGCCUUGAUUUCAUCUAUUGGAGUUCUAAACCCUUCUCAUCUGGCACAACCUCCACUCCAACACAGUUUAGAUGUUAACCCACAUAUGCCUCUCUCAAGGCUACAGUAUCCUCCACAGCGACAACUCCUGCACCGCCUAUCUCUGCCCCAAGCACUGCCUGAACCCACUCAUCGGCUGCCUCAGCCACAAGCACCACCACAAGAAGCACAGCAGCAGCAGCAGCAGCAGCAGGAGCAAGAACCACCAGCCUCAAAUCGACCGCUGUUUUCUGUCUUACUUUAAACAAAAUGUCAGGAUAGUUUUUAAGGAACUACUUGUUUUGGGGCAGCUUGCAUGGCUGGAAAUUGUAGAGGAGUAAGAUUUUCAUGCGCCAUGCUUAUGUCUUUUUGAUUUUUACCUGAAAAGUCUACAGUUGUUCAUAGUUUAGCAUACUUUAACAUGCAUUGUUGCUCAUUGUAGAUGGAUAUGUGUGUGUGUGCCAUGCACAUAUAUGUGUGUGUGUGAGUAAGCAAGCGAGCAGAGGAUGAGCAAGUAAUACAUCUGUGUAUCUCUGUUUUCUCUUUGUAAAUGCUGCGUAAAAUCUUGUGUUCAUGAAAAAGAUAAAAUAUUUAUUAAUGUUUUUGACCCUUCUUUGGCCAUACAUUCAUCACAAACUUGCAAACUCCGUAGACUCUGAUUACUCUUCAAACUAAGUAAAUCUUACUACACAGUGAUCCUAUUCACCGAGAACCCACCUAGAUCUUUUCAUGAUAACUAAAUGCACACUUCUGUCACUAACUAGUUUUGUACAGCCAGGUCAAAUAGAAUAUUAUGCCUUGGUUGUACAAGACAAGCAGUAGACCUAGCUUUUAAGAAUGAAGAUGUGAUAAAAGGAUUCUGUAAUUCUCUAUCAUUGGAUAUAAUGUGAACAUGUUUAAAAAGUAUGCAUAGAUUUGUUUUUUACCAAUUAAUGUUAUCAGAAUUUUAUCAAAAUAUUCAGGCUUUGCAUAUUUUGAUUUGUUUUUUUACAUAGCAUCAAAAAAAGCAUCAAAUAUGUUCUUGCACUACAUUCAAAAACUGUAAAAUGCUCAGAAAAAAAAGAGAUUAAAGUGACAGUAUUAAAUGCUAUGUAAUCUCUUAAUUUUUUUUCUUCCUAGAAGAUUUUUGAUAAAACAUAAAAGUGUUUUUUUCUUUUGCUUCAAAAUGAUAAUUUUGCACUGUGUAUUCAACACACCUUGCCCUGCCUAGAGUAUUUACAACAUAUUUCUGGCAGCAGUUGCAAUAACAGGUAUAUGACCACUGUAGUCAGGGACUAGAGUGAGUGUGUUUAAUGGCUUUAAGUUUAAAUUUAUGAGUUUCUUAUGUUGUUUUGCAAGAUUUAAUGGCAGUGGUACCGUAAUGGACAAUGUUUAUAAGGGGCAUGGUUACUGCUGAUUAAAACUGAAGAAUCAAGUUGCAAUUGUCUGACUUCUGCAUCAGAUUCUUUUGUUGUAUUAACCACAAACUUAAAAAUUGUGACUUGUUUAUAUUUAGAUUUGCAUGCUUCCAUUUGUUUUGUUCAGAACAAAGUUUCCUGUAACAAAUUUACAAAAGAUUUGUACAGUGUACUUGAAUUUGAAAAGUCGACCAGAUGUAUAUAUCCUUAUUCCCUAUGUGUAACUGCUGUUUAUUUUUGAUAAAGUUUUAUGUUUUAAUAGUCAUUUAUUAUGAUCAUGUUCCCGAACUUCGCAAGAUUAUUUGGUUGUUGUAUACAAGUCAACAUUUUCUACAUGUAAUGUACUAGAAAAAAAGUUGAUAGUACGCAGUUCAGUGUUAGACUAGAGAUGUCUGUCGUAAGAACGUAGAACACGUUUGUUGUAUUUUUAAAUAUGUUCAACUAAUAUUUGUAUAGUUAUAUAUAGUAAUGUGCCUUACUUUUACAACCAUUAAUAAAUGCAAUCAUACAAUGAGCUUUUAUACAUAUAAAAAAAACUGUUUGACUAUUCAUUUAUUCAUUCAUCCCUUGAUUGAUGCCAGUCACUAGUGGGAGCACAUGGCAGCUGAUGAGCCAUUCUUUGUUGUAUGUACAUGUGAGCUUGUAAGUUCUUUGGGAAGAGUUGUCUUGAUGUCCUUUCUAUGUGAUUUUCAGAUUCUUAAGCAAGAACAUGGAUUGCUUUUAAUUAGUUGAUAAUAGACCACUUAUGUGACCACACACAGACCUACAUUUUUACAUAUGCCCUAGCUAGAGUUACUAAUAAAAAAUUCCAGAUGCACUGCAGUGGCAUGGCAUGUGGUAGAUCCAGUCAGCAAUCCCACAACAAAGCAGGAAUUCUGUGAUACAGUGAAUGCUAAGGCCUGGAGGCCAAGAACCCAGUUGUGGGUUAUCAGGGACUUAUGAUCAUGCUGCCCGUGUUGACCAUGCUAAUAGCUCUAUUGGAAGAUACCUCCUUUCACUGUGUCAGACAUUGUCUUCUGUUAACAUCGCAUUUCAGCUAUGGAUCUUUACAAACACUUACUUUUCCUUUGUAAGUUACCAUUACAUAUAUACAAAUAUUUGUGCUUGGUUUCUGCAAUUCUGUUUUUAACAUUCAAGAUUGUAAAUCAAAUUUGUUCACUAGGAAUUCAGAUGACAUUUUUUCCAAGUAAAAUGAAUGGCAUAAAGAUAAAGAAGCAAACAGUUCUGUUGCUCACCAUUUUUGUUUUGAUUUCACUUACGAGGAAUGUUCCACUUCUGCCAGGACUUGGUAAUAAAACAAAUCAGAAGAAUUUUUUAACAUUUUUUUUUUUCCUUUUUCUUCCACUCUUUCAACAUAGUUGCUGCCUGUUGCAACAGAUUUGUUGGCCCUAAGGAUCCAUUAUUGAAACAUGUCAAAAACGCCGAUUUUGGCAUCAAUUUCAGCUUUUCCUCACUCCAGCAAUGACCAAAUCAUUGACUGGCCUUGGUUUCAGGGUCCAGAUUGUAGAAUCAACAUUCAUCACCUGUGGUGAUGCCCUUGAAGCCAGGAGAACACCUGUAAUUGAAUGUUUCCAAGAAUUCCUUGCACUAGUUCACCCAACUUCUUUUGCUGGUCUGUCAGCAACCUUGGUACCCAGGGAGUUGACUUCUUGUUGAAGACCUAAUCGUGAUGAUCAUUUGAAGACUGGUAGGAGGAAUUUCCAACUCCAUCUCCCUCUACCUGAUGGUCACAUGGCCAUUCCAGGAAUUCAUGAGCUUUGUAGACAUUGUACUAGGCCUUGGGUUCGCGAUGUUCAUCAUAACCACCUGAAAUGACCACUGCCAAAUCACUGAAACCAGUGAUACUUGUUUUAGAUAGAGCAUCAACGGCAUAAGUUUUCUGCAAACUGUCAACAGCCUGAAAGCCAUACCAAAUGUGAUGCAACAUGAUCACUUGAAAGUCACACGCUGACGGCAGUGGUGAAUCACUAACCCAUAGACUUGUUUCUCUUCAUCCUGGUAAAACUAGGAAGGGAAAAAUUAUGAAAAAAUGUGGAAAUGCCCAAAGAAGCACUCUAUCAAGUCCACAUGUCUGCGCUUGCUGAAAGCGCACAAAAUGCUGAGGUCCAGGCAGAAGUGUAACAUCCCUUGUAUUCAUAUUUACAUAUAAAACAUGUAAAUGUUUUCGUGAGAAAGAUGUUUUUUUAAGCAAUUUUUAAAAACUUGAAUGGCAGAAUGAACUCAUGCUAUUUGUACUUGAAGGGAACAUUAUAGUUUAGGUCAUUGAUCCUAGUUUGUAGACAAUGUAUGAAAAUGUUAAGAUGGGGAAAAAUAGAAUUGGGAUGUACUGUUAACAUGCACUGAAUUUUUGUCUUAGAAUGUUGCAUGCUGUAUUUAGUCAAAAUGGCAUAGUGGUUUAUACUUCCUAAGCUUCUGUAAAUACAAAGCAAGAUGAAGACAUUUUGGUUGUGUGCCAGACAAUAAAGUCUGAAAACUGUA